AUGACUAAGUGGACCAAAAAAUCUUACGAUGAGGAGGAGAUGGAGAAGAAGCUGCUCGAACCGUAUGAAUAUUUAGUUCCGUUACGUAUCUAUGGAUUUGUAGUUUCUAAGCUGCCCGAGGCAUACAAUUAUUGGCUAAAAAUACCGGAGGACAAACUACAACCGAUACAGAAAAUUUUGGUCAAGCUAAACAACUCAUUCGCUAUGCAAGAUGACGUUCAAGACGAGUCGCUGUACAGACGCUCGCGGCCCACCGCACACAGGGUGUUCGGGAAAGCGCUUACUAUCAACACCAGUAUACAUCUGCAGUUCCUAGCUCUGAAGGACAUCACACAACUAGGUCACCCCAAGUGUGUGGAAGUUUUCUGUAACGCUUAUCUCAGACUGGUCCGAGGAGCCGGAGCGGCGAUCUACUGGAGAGACCAUCAAUGUGACGUCACACUCGACGACUAUUUCCAAAUGGCCAUCAACCAAUCAGGGAGUGAAUUGAUUUUUUUACCUGAGCUCAUGCAACUGUUUAGCGAGAACAAAACAAGUUACGAAUAUUUGGCGAAAAUGUUCUCAAUUUACUAUCAGUUGCGGGAUGAGUAUGUGGACUUGAAGAAACCGGAGGCUGUUGAAGAGGGAGCGCGAAUAUCGGAGCUUACGGGACUUUCCACGCUGACGUUCUGCGACGACUUCACUGAGGGUAAAUUUAGCGCACCCGUCAUACACGCGCUGAAGGGGCCACAUCGAGAAGUCAUCUUAGGUAUACUGAAGAUGCGCACACGCGACAUUCAAGUAAAGAAGUACCUGUUGUCGCUCCUGGAGGCCAGCGGUAGUAUCGCCAAGACGAGGGAGCUGCUGCACGAGCUGGAGGCUGAUAUUUUGACCGAGAUUCGAAGAUUGGGUGGAAAUCCGGUUUUUGAGGCAUUGAUGUGCGAUCUGCAAAGUUGGGAUGAACGUACAUACUAUAGCAAAUGA